AUGGCAGCCAACAAUGUAAAUUCAGUGUCUUUGACCAAGAUCGAACAGUACCGAGCGCUAUACGACACAUAUCUUCAGCACUGCAACUCACACAAUUUUGAAGCAAUGGAAUCAUUUUAUACGUCGCCUCUUAACGUCAAUGAUGAGCCUUGGGAUCCAAAGACAGUUACAGCGCAAUUCAAGCCGCUGGUGACUGCAUUUCCCGACUGGCACUGGGAGGUAAAGCAUCUCACCAUUGAAGGUGAUUACCUUGCUUUGCAUUUCAAGAUUACAGGCACACAUCAAGGCAGCUUCCAGGGAAUUGAAGCGACAGACCGUCAGAUUACGACGUCGCAAUUUACGUUGUAUCAUGUGGUGGACGGGAACAAAUUCAGUGAUGUGUGGGAUCUUGUCGAUAUAGAGUCUGUGGUGAAGCAGAUCUCAUAA